AUGGCAGGGCUCGUUCUAUCCGACGCAGCCACGCAAGAAGGUGCCAAGAAGCUGCGGAGGAUAACUCGCGCCUGUGACUACUGCCACCGACGAAGCAUUCGCUGCAGGUUUCCAGGGCAGGAGGACAACAAUAGAUGUCAGAACUGUGUGGAUUUUGACCAGCCAUGCCUCUUCGAGCGCGUCGUCAAGCGGAGAGGCGCGAAGCCACGGUCACAGACUCUUACAUCGGACAGAGGAUCGCCUGAAUCGAUCAAGCAAGAAUAUGUGUAUGGUGAUAUCUGUCGGACACCAUCAAUCGUCAAUCCUGUACCAUGGCAAGAAUGGAAAGCUCCUCGAAUCGUCUCCCAGGCUACCGUCAUGGACCUGAUGAAGAUAUACCUCGAGAUUGUAUAUCCGGUAUUCCCUAUAUUCCACAGAGCAACCCUCAUCCGAAGGGUAGCCAAAGCAGAAUACUUGACCAACAAAUACAGUUUUGCGGCAGUCAUGUCAAUUUGCGCCAUUGUCACCGCACGUCUUGCGGACCGGGCAGCUUACAACCCUUGUUGGGAUGUGCAGGAACUCACCAAAGUCAAAUCGGAGGUCUUCUAUGCCGCAGCUGUGAAAGAAUGUGGAAACGCAGGGGCGCUUGAUCGAACACACUUCGAUUUGCUUCGAACUUGUGCUUGUCUUGCCCUGACUGCGAUACAGUACAGUAAGUUCAGAGAAUUCGAAACUCACAUGGGCAAAUAUCAUUGUCUCGUCGCUAUGGACGGGUUACACGAUGAGGCGAAUUGGCCAAAGAACAUCGGUAUUGUAGAGACCGAGGAGCGAAGACGCCUCUUCUGGACGGUUUAUUGUCUGGACAUAUAUUCAUCGGUUUCGAGAAAUGGUGUUAUACGCUCGAGAGAACAACAAUCGAAUGUUGCGUACACUACCGAGCUUGACGACGAUUACUUUGACGAUACUGGGUAUCGAACCGAUGCGCCUUCUUCAGGACUUUCGUCGAAUAAUGCGACGUCGAGUCACAGUCAUUCUCUCGUUGCAGCAGAUGCAGGCUCGUCUUCGUGGCUUUGUGGCUGGAAUUUCAUCAACGAUCUGUAUCGGGUUAUGGAGCACGUCAUCACGAACUUCCGGGACAAGGGACGCCAGAAACGCAGCUUCGUGAGUGAUGUCUUUGGUGAGGCAUCAGCUGUGCCUGCUAGUAAUGUCCGAGACUCGAUCAUGAACAUGUACAAUAACCUGCCGCAAUGUUUCAAGGAGACACAGCCAAUGACUCUCGACCAAACUCGAGAUCGUUAUGGUUAUCAAGCUGCCAGCAUCACUGCGACAGUGCAGCUGCUACGGAUGAUUCUGUUCAGUAGUGCAGGAGCCACGAUCGAGGACCGCUGUAAUGUUGCGUCAGAAGUUGUUGAUGCCUUUAUGCGCAUACCGGUACAGUACUUGCAGGCAAUGUCUUCGCCGCUCGUUCAUCACCUGGCCGCAAUAGGUUCAAUCUUGGGGUCCGUCUGUUACGAACCACUGUCGGAAUCCAGUCAUCUACAGGUUCGAAUAGUCCUGCUCGCGUUAGCACAGCUAUUAGAAAACCUUGAUCAUGGCAUACAUUCCACAGCAUGUGCGGAAAAGCUCCGCAAACUCGUUAUUCGCGUUGACGAGCGGAUGGAAAACCAACGUCAUGGCAUCAACGGCCCGAUCGCACAAUUUCACGAGAACUCGGGCUCAGCAGGUUCACCCCAUCCGUUUAGUCGAAGCAGUUCGGGCGAUAAGAGUGAUGGUUCCAAUUCGAUGUCGACAGGCAGUGCUCCAAGCAUCGAUGGGGUGUUUCCUCCCUCCAACGAGAUUUUUGAUGACUGGCCUUGGAACCACGACUAUAUGCAUUUGCCAGAAAGUUGA